UGUGGUCACCUCCUGGAUGUAUACAGUGAGCUAGGUCAUGAGAGGCAAGACGAGCAAGUCUGUCUGCCUUUUCAUUGUGUGUCUUAAGCUAAAGGUGUCCUCUUUCCUGAGGCAUCUAUUCUAAAGCUUCCCCCAACAAUGUCGCUUUUCUUCCAACACCGUUAUAGGAAUAUUUUUGUUAGUUAUAGAAUUCUUUCCAUUUCCUUUUGUCUACAUUCAUUUCCAACACCAUUGUGGAUGAAUGUUGCUGCCUUCCACAGUGAUAUACAUAUUCUACUGUUUCUUUCUCUCUCGCUCUACCAACUGGUUUUCCCCGCUCUUGAUCAUUCCUUUGAUGCCAAUAGCUUGCUCCCCCUGUCUCCUACGUGGCAAGACACACCCUCUUUUGUUUCCUCAUGUAAGCUAUUACUUUAAUGCUGAUUUUUCAUUUAUUCCCUCCUACCAUUUAUCUUGCCCAUUGAUUUCCUUUUCCUUUUAUUGUCCUUAAUCUAGGUGUCACUCCACUCCUUUCAAGUUUCCUUUUCCGGCGCAGAGGCUUGAGGGCUACGAGGGUAAAACAGUUAUUCUUUGAGUGUCGGCGUCCCGAGCCAUGAUUGGUCCAUAAGAAUUUUUGGCGCGCGUUCCCGCCGUGUGGCGCCGCCUGGCCUUCCCGCGCAAACCUUGACAGAGAAGGACCACCGCCGCCGCCCGGAACACAUUUAGCCCCCACACACCGUAACUUUCCCCCUCAAGAUGGUCCAGGAAACGAAGAUGUGGUCCAAGAUGUACGUCCUUAAAAGAGACGGACGGAAGGAACCUGUGAUGUUCGACAAGAUCACAUCCCGCAUCCAAAAGCUGUGCUAUGGCCUCAACAUGGACUUCAUUGACCCACCUGCCAUUACCCUGAAGGUUAUCAGCGGCAUCUACUGUGGAGUUAAGACGGUGGAACUGGACAAUUUGGCAGCAGAGACAGCGGCCACCAUGACCACCAAACACCCUGACUAUGCUGUGCUGGCAGCCAGGAUUGCUGUCUCCAACCUACACAAGGAAACCAAAAAGUCAUUCAGUGAGGUGAUGGACAGCCUGCAUAAAAUAGUGUGCAACAAGACUGGCCUCAAGACACCAAUGCUCAGUGAUCAUCACCAUACCAUCAUCAUGGAGAAUGCUGAGAAGCUGAACUCCGCCAUCAUUUAUGACCGGGACUUCUCUUACAACUACUUUGGCUUCAAGACAUUGGAGCGUUCAUACCUGCUGAAGAUCAAUGGUAAGGUGGUGGAACGACCACAGCAUAUGCUGAUGAGGGUAGCGGUGGGCAUCCAUGGCCGGGACAUUGAUGCUGUUAUUGAAACUUAUGACCUGCUCUCUGGCAAGUGGUUCACACAUGCCUCACCCACACUGUUUAAUGCUGCUACCAUCCGCCCACAGCUCUCCAGUUGCUUCCUGCUCACCAUGAAAGACGACAGCAUUGAAGGCAUUUAUGACACCCUAAAGCAGUGUGCCCUCAUCUCCAAGUCAGCAGGUGGCAUUGGAGUCAAUGUGCACUGCAUCCGGGCCAGCGGCUCCUACAUCAGUGGCACCAAUGGCAUUUCCAAUGGACUGGUGCCAAUGCUGCGAGUCUAUAACAAUACAGCACGCUAUGUGGAUCAGGGUGGCAACAAGAGACCUGGAGCCUUCGCCAUUUACCUGGAGCCCUGGCAUGCUGAUGUCUUUGAUUUUCUGGAUCUUCGAAAGAACACAGGCAAGGAAGAGACAAGAGCACGAGACCUGUUCUAUGCCCUGUGGAUCCCUGACCUCUUUAUGCGCAGAGUUGAAGCCAAUGGAGAGUGGAGUUUGAUGUGUCCUCAUGAGUGUCCUGACCUCCAUGAAACUUGGGGUGAGAAAUUUGAAGAGCUGUACACCCGCUAUGAGAAGGAGGGCCGGGCCAAGCGCACAGUGAAGGCCCAGGCACUGUGGUACGCCAUCAUAGAGUCACAGGUGGAGACUGGCACUCCAUACAUGUUGUACAAGGAUUCCUGCAACCGUAAGAGUAAUCAACAAAAUCUUGGAACCAUCAAGUGCUCCAAUCUUUGCACAGAGAUUGUGGAGUAUUCCUCACCUGAUGAGAUUGCUGUGUGUAAUUUGGCCUCCGUUGCAUUAAACAUGUUUGUCAACCCAGACAAGACUUACAACUUCCAGAAGCUUAAGGAAGUAACAAAGGUGGUGACAAGGAACCUUAACAAGAUCAUCGACGUCAACUGCUACCCUGUGGAGGAGGCAAAGCGUUCCAACAUGAGGCACCGACCCAUUGGCAUUGGGGUGCAGGGCCUUGCUGACGCUUUCAUCCUCAUGAGGUAUCCAUUUGAAUCUGAGGAGGCCCAGCUCUUGAAUAAACAGAUCUUUGAGACAAUUUAUUAUGGAGCAAUGGAAGCAAGCUGUGAACUGGCCAAGGAGGAGGGGCCGUACGAGACCUAUGAAGGCUGUCCUGUGAGCAAAGGAAUCUUCCAAUAUGACAUGUGGAACGUGACACCAACAGACCUUCAUGACUGGGCUGCAUUGAAAGCUAAGGUAGCUCAGUAUGGUGUGCGCAACUCCCUCCUGCUGGCACCCAUGCCCACUGCCUCGACAGCCCAGAUCCUUGGAAACAAUGAGUCUAUUGAGGCAUACACCUCCAACAUUUACAGCAGGCGGGUCCUCUCGGGAGAGUUCCAGAUUGUCAACCACCACCUCUUACGGGAUCUGACGGAACUGGGCCUCUGGGAUGAUGAUAUGAGAAACACAUUAGUUGCUCACAAUGGCUCUAUCCAGAAUAUUGAAAUGAUCCCAGAUGACCUGAAAGCCUUGUACAAGACUGUAUGGGAGAUCUCCCAGAAGAUGAUCCUUCAAAUGGCAGCAGAUCGUGGAGCAUUCAUUGACCAAAGUCAGUCCCUCAAUAUCCAUAUUGCACAGCCAAACUAUGGGAAGCUGACAUCAAUGCACUUCUAUGCUUGGAAACUGGGACUCAAGACUGGUAUGUACUACCUCCGAACCAAGCCAGCAGCCAAUGCCAUCCAGUUCACUGUUGACAAGACCAAGGUUAGCAAGUCAGUCAAUGGCACUCCCAAGUCCAAAGAUUCAACCAAUGGUCUCAGCUCAAACGAGAAGAACAUAGCCGACAUGGUGUGCUCACUGGAGAACAAGGAUGCUUGCCUUAGCUGUGGUUCAUAAACUGUGAUUGCUUCUUGUAUGUCUGAUAGUGUGAAAGUAGAUUGAUGGAUCCUGUGAGGGAAAGUGUAUAUUAAUUUUACUUUUAUAAUAUUAGAAUGAAUGCUAAAGCUCCUUUGAAAUUAGAUGGAAUUAUUUGUGAAGUAUUAAAUUAUACAAUGUUUUGAAUGUUAAUUUGUAAAGCAAUUUUUAAAAUUUCUUUAAACUAGUUAAGUAAUUCCAUGGCAAACUAAAAUACUAUUUUUUGGAUUCUUUUCAGUGGAACUUUAUACAUGUAUGUUAACUGAAUAUUUAUGUACAGCAGCAUUUAGUUCUAAGCAUCCACAUAUAACUGGUAAUUUGCUAGAAAACUGAUUCAUAUAGUACUUCCAUACACCCUUGGCAUAGGAGAUAACCAAGAAUCAUUAACCCCUUCACUAAGGCCAGCCCAAAACAGCACGGGGCGCUGUAUCCGGGAUCGCUGCGCGCGCCAAAUUUCAAAUGUCACUAUUGAAUAUGACAAGUUUUCAGCCAUAUACUCAACAUAAUCAUCAUUUAUUAUAUAUGAAAACAUGCAGAAUUAAAUGGUGCACAUAAAGAAACAUAAAUUAGUUGAUAAUUUUAAGAUGUAAGCAUAAAUAUAGAGAUAAUAUAUUGGCUAACGCGAGCCAGGAUGUAGUAUGCGCGUCCUCGGAUAUGGUACGAGACACGCAAGCACACAGUAUACGCGUCAUGUUGAAGGGGUUAAAUAAAGUGCAGCCCCUCCCUUCAGAUACAGCCCAUAUUUGAUAUUAAGGUAAAGGUAAUAUAAAGUUCUUCCUUUGAAAUGUUACAUGGAAUCAGGAAGGUUUUACAGGUAUGUGGAUAGUAUCACCAGUGCCUACUGAAACAUGUGUAUAUCAAUUUUCUCUCUCCCUUUAUUAUUAUUAUGUUUUCUUAAUUAAUGAUUUUUACUUCCAAUACUGUAUUUGCAGGAAAUUGGAUUUAUGUGCAAUCUAUAUUUAAUUCUUUUUGUGAAUUACUCUACUAUGAUGUUGCCCUGUUUAUUCUUGAUUACCAUGCAGAGGUGCUGAUGCAACAAGCCAAUGCACUGCCCUCUCACUGUCCUGUGACAUGACAUGCAACAUUUUUCCAAGGAUGUUGCAAUAAAUCUUCUUUUCAUAGGUUUGUUUCUACCAGCAUUCAUUUCAGAGAUUCAUCCUUUCACUCAUAAGGGAAAGGGUGAAUCUUUGAUGUGAAUAUAUAGUGAUAGAAAACAAGCCAUACAGAGGAACAGUUCUUUAAAUAUGAGUCAAGGUACACUUACAAAAUAGUGGAAGUGACAAUAGUACAGCUUGACAUGCCUGUGCCUCUCAGUAAGCAAGUUUUUGUUAUGGUGACGCAGCACCAACGCUGGACCAAAUGAGGAACUGACCAUGUGUACAGUAUAUAUGACUGAAAAUGGUUCAUAUCAAAAUGUACUCCCCAUUUAAUAUUUAAUUUUAAUGAACUAGAUUUUACCAUUGGAUGAGACCUGCUGGAAAAUAAGGUGGUUAUUGAACAGAAGGCCUGUAAGCUUGGGGCAGAUUCUGAUUGAAGUGGCUUUGGCUGUGAAAAAAACUUUUGCUUUGGUGAUGAAUAUUAUGCCAAGGGUGUACCUCCUUAGUUAGAUGUGGGCUACAUUUGGAAAUGAGGUGUAUUCAAUACUUUCCAUAUGUGAUAGUAGUUAUUCCAAAGUUAGUUUUUAUUUUACUUAGUUGUGCAUUCACACAUGUGCCUUAUGACACCCUGCACAACACAACCGAGAGCUUACAUAUCACUGCCAUUGUCUCUGCAAGUGUGUUUCUUAUUUCUUAAACGUAUUUACAUAGGAUAAUAUACGAUGUGUCCAGUGACAGUCUUUUGCAAGAAUUUCACUUUAAAGUUUUUGUAAUUUGAAAUCUUGAUAGUGUUACUUUUGCAUUUUAUAAUGGUGCCUUAAACUUUGUGGGAUGUAAUUGAAAUUCCUCUUCUAAUUUGUUUUGCAUUUCAGUCUCUACAGUAGUGUUUUGAUAUAUCAACAAUUUUUAUGUUUUGCAUUGCUUAAUGAAAUAGUCUGAAUCUACUACUUCCUGAACUAUGGCAAAGGUCCAAGGGUAAACUUGGCAAAUGAAGUUCAUCUAUUCAUUUUUGUAGUAAAAGUUUCAUUACAACUGUGGGUCAUGCUAUUGAAUUAUUCAGUGGCCUAAGCUCUUAUGUUUUGUAUUACCAUACUACUACUAUUGUGCAAAGUGGCGGCAGCUUUAGAGCAAGGGACAGCUAGAGGCUGUGCCCAGAAAAAGGAGCAAUUUGAUCCAUGAUCUAUUGGGGGCUUAAGCCCCCCAAUGCUGCCCCAUGUGCAAUAUGAUAAUUACUGAGAAAACUAAUAUUUUCCCCACAUUUCUAUUGCUCCUUAGCUGGCUGUAGCUCCCAAAACAUUAUUUCUUGAAUGUAAUAUCAAGCUCUUCCUAGUUCAGUCUGCAGCUACAAUACUGAAAGAAAAAAAACUGCUUUGGAAAAGCAUGCUAAUGAGUCACACAAAGUGACAGUUGUUAGUACUUAACACCCCAUAAGAUCUCAAUAGGAGCAAGAGUAAUGUGGUCGUUGUAAAACUAGGGCUACUAUGGGGUUUGCAUGCACUAGAAAUCUACCAACAAUUCUGAUACCUUCUUAAAUUGAUGAUGACUUCACAGGGGUGAGGGGAGGUUCCUUCACUGUUUAACUCAUUAGUAUGUUUGUAAAUCUUCAAGGUCAAGGUGGGCUGAUUCUUGCCAGAUGUUGCUUCUACAAAGAAAAUUAUUCUUGAGUCUCGCUAGGUAAGUGAUACAAUUGGCAUAUUCAUCCUCCAGUGGCCAUACUACUUCAAUAAGUUGUGUGUAAGAAUCAGUCUGAACUUAUUGGGAUGUCUUGGCAGGAUGAUGUACAAUUUAUGUAGUUAAUAAAUUUAUAUAAUAUAAA